CAUGAAAGUGGCUUAACGUGGCUUACAUUUUUUUUUCUUUUGUCUCGAUGAAUUAUUUUAUAUUUUUUUUUAUCAUAUGAUUAUAUUUGAUCGUUGCCUCAUAUUUUUGUCAUCAAACUAAGAAUUCCUUUUUCUGUAGAAUAGAAUCAUAGGAAGCAUAGAAAAAAGCUGAAAAUCAAGGAUCAUAUUUCUUUCUUUGUAACAGAAAUAUGUAUUGCUAACAAUUUUUUUUCCUUGAUUAGGAUCAUGGAGUUUACGGAUUCAGAAACACAAGCACCAGAUGAUUUACCAUAUUUGGAAACAAAUUACAAUAAUCCUCCCGCACUUGCUCCAGAAUGUAAAAGCUUCAAAUGGAAAAUUGAAGUGAUAGAUGUCGAUGGAAACAUAGAAGGCAAAAUGAUGACAUCUAAAGAUGUCUGGAAAAUGCAAAACCACCAAGUAAUUGUGCAUUUCGAUGAAGAUACCGGUCAGCCAAUUGGUGAUUCUGGAGGUUUACUUGGAUCAUGGUUGGGGCAAUUAAGCAAUGAUGUCCAUUUGCUACCCAUCAACUACACCGAUUGGAGGUUGGUUAGUCCUCAUAUAAAAACAAGAGCAUGGGAAGUAAUUCAGUCCAAAUUCAGAUUUGAUGAUCCGAUGAUGAGAAAAGAAUAUGUGAUGGGUGCAUUAGGUAGCAGAUGCAAGGAUGUCAAACAACGUGUUUGGAAUGAUUACAAAAAAAGUAAUCUGAACGAAACGUUGCAGAAUCGACCCGACAAAAUUCCUGAAGAUCAAUGGUCUCAUUUGGUUCACAUGAGAUUCACCGAAAAGUGGAAGAAAAUGCAAGAGCGGAAUACAAAGAACCAGAAAAAUAAUAUCAUGCCUCACUUAUGUGGAAGGAAGAGUUUUUCAAGAAAAAGAGACGAAAUUAAAACCAAGAUUGGAAAAACGCCAUGUCGAGCGGAGUUUUUCAUUGAGACUCGCAAGAAACAGGAUGGAAGCUUUGUAUGUGAUGAGGCAAAAAUACGCGCGGAAGCACUUACGACGUUGUUGAGUCAAAAUCCGCAAGUCACAAACAAUAUUACAGCUAGCUUGGAUGAUGAAUAUAGUCAGGUGUUCGGUCCAGAGCGUCCAGGACGAGUACGUUGUGUUGGUCGUGGGCCCACACCUUCAAGAUUAGUGAAACAUUCAAGUGCACCUAGAAGACAAGAGACAGAAAAUUCUGAAUUGGUCGUCCAACUGAAGGCACAAGUGAAGGCAUUAGGUGAUCAAGUUAAUGGAAUGUCUAAGUUCUUCCAACAAAUACUUGGUACUUCAACUCGUGAACAGGCAAGUGCAUGGGCUAUAAAUUUUGCAGCGGCUUUUGCGAACAUACCAAAUCCACCAUUUGUAAACAUUCCAAAUCCGCCUAAUCCUCAGGUAAAUGAUAUUUACAUAUCAAUUUCAUAGAUACCAGAUAUUUAUAUAAUAAAUUAAUACAUUGAAUGAUUUAUUUUCCAGGAAAAAGAUAAUGGUGC